AUGUCCGUUGAAGAAGGCACACAUACUUUGGCCGAUGGCAAGCAGUUGUACACGAAGACGUUCAGGACGGAUGGGCCGGCAAAAGCCCGACUUGUAUUCAUCCAUGGUUUCUCAGAUCACGGUGAGACUAUACUAGCCACAUGGUCAACACCUACGGCUCGUUCUUUCCCCAUCUGGCGUCCAGAGGCAUUGAAGUAUACACGUUCGACCAAAGGUACGGGAUGGGGCCGCUCUGUAACAAAGCCCGCCGAGCGAGGAGAUACGGGCCCGACUAGUCAGGUCCUUGACGAUAUCGCCUCCUUCAUGAAGACAUUGAUCCCGAGUCCAGUACCACUCUUCAUGAUGGGGCAUUCUAUGGGCGGCGGUGAGACCCUUUGCUUCGCUGCACAAGGGCCAGAGGAGGUCCGCAAGCAUAUUCGCGGCUUUCUCUUGGAAUCGCCUUUUGUCGACUUUGAUCCCAAGUCGAAACCAUCUCCCAUCACAGUCUUCUUCGGUAGAGUCGCUGGAAAGCUCAUGGCAAAGCGUCAGUUGACUAACAAGUUGGAUCCCAAACUCAUCUCACGAGACCCGGAGGUUUGCAAGCAAUUCGACGAAGACGAGCUCUGCCAUGAUACCGGCACGCUCGAGGGGCUUGCCGGACUGCUCGAUCGAACCAAUGCUCUGUCCAGCGGCAAGAUUAUUAUUCCUGAUAAUGUUGGAGAGGGUGGCGUGACGAGGAUCUGGAUCGCUCAUGGAGAUAAAGAUGGCAUCACCAGCUACCCUGCCUCGAAGCGUCUGUUCGAUGCCCUGCAAGUCAAAGACAAGGAGUUCAGAUCGUAUGCGGGCUACUACCAUCGCUUACAUGACGAGCCUAGUCCUGAUAAAGACACAUUCCGAGACGACGUCGUCAACUGGGUACUUGCUCGCGCGACGGACCCUGUGGGUGACGAUAGUGCAAAGCCAAGGCUAUAA